GUAUCUUAACAUCAAGUACACGCCUUUGAAAGAGAUGCCACCACAUAUAGGUCAACUGGCAAAGCUCCAAACGUUGACUGCCUUUCUCGUGGGAAGACAGGAGCCUACCAUUAAAGAAUUGGGAAAGCUACGACAUCUACGGGGAGAACUUCAUAUUGGGAACCUUCAAAAUGUGGUGGAUGCUUGGGAUGCUGUCAAAGCAAAUUUAAAAGGUAAAAGGCACCUUGAUGAGCUGAGGUUUACAUGGGGUGGUGACACUCAUGACCCGCAACACGUAACAAGCACACUUGAGAAAUUAGAGCCAAAUAGAAAUGUGAAGGAUCUUCAGAUUGAUGGUUAUGGAGGUGUAAGGUUUCCGGAGUGGGUAGGAAAGUCCUCUUUCUCAAACAUAGUGUCCUUGAAGCUCAGUAGAUGUACAAACUGCACCUCCUUACCACCGCUCGGGCAAUUAGCUUCUUUGAAGCGUCUCUCAAUUGAAGCAUUCGAUAGAGUUGAGACUGUGAGCUCUGAGUUCUAUGGGAAUUGUACAGCUAUGAAGAAGCCAUUUGAAUCCCUCCAAACAUUAUCUUUUAGAAGGAUGCCAGAGUGGCGUGAGUGGAUUUCAGACGAAGGCAGCCGGGAAGCCUUCCCUCUUCUAGAGGUGCUUUUAAUCAAAGAAUGCCCCAAGCUUGCAAUGGCCCUACCUAGUCACCACCUUCCACGUGUAACAAGACUUACAAUUAGUGGAUGUGAGCAGCUCGCGACUCCACUUCCUAGGUUUCCUAGGUUGCACUCUCUCUCUGUUUCUGGAUUCCACUCCCUAGAGUCCCUACCCGAGGAAAUUGAGCAAAUGGGUUGGUCACUCUCUGAUUUAGGGGAAAUUACAAUCAAGGGCUGGGCUGCUCUCAAAUGCAUCCCACUGGACUUGUUCCCCAACUUAAAUACUCUUUCUGUCUCUAACUGUCCAGAUCUCUAAUCACUAUGUGCACAUGAAAGACCUCUCAUUGAUCUCAACUCUCUCCAUUCUUUGAUAAUCUGGGGGUGCCCUAAAUUAGUUUCAUUUCCCAAAGGAGGGUUACCUGCUCCAGUCUUGACACGAUUUGACUUAGCAGAUUGCAGAAAUUUGAAGCAGUUGCCUGAGAGUAUGCAUUCCCUCCUCCCAUCCCUUAACCAUUUGGAAAUAAGAGGUUGUUUAGAAGUUGAGUUGUGUCCAGAAGGGGGUUUUCCCUCCACAUUACAUUCACUUGAGAUUUGUAGAUGCAACAAACUCAUUGCAGGCCGCAUGCAAUGGGGCUUGCAAACGCUCCCUUCUCUUUCACGCUUUGCAAUUGGUUUCGACGAAAAUGUUGAAUCCUUCCCUGAAGAGAUGCUGCUGCCCUCAAGUCUUACAUCUCUAAAAAUCUAUUCCCUAGAACACCUGAAAUCUCUUGACUACAAGGGGCUUCAACACCUCACCUCUCUUAGAGAAUUGACUAUAAGUAACUGCCCUCUGAUUGAGUCAAUGCCAGAAGAAGGGUUGCCCUCCUCCCUUUCUUCUCUUGAAAUUUUCUUUUGUCCUAUGCUGGGUGAAAGUUGUGAAAGGGAGAAAGGUAAAGAUUGGCCCAAGAUUUCUCACAUUCCUCACAUAAGUAUUAGGGGAGCAAAAAAGUAGUAGCUAAAAGGAGCUUUUCUUUCAAUCGUUCAACAUAUUGAGGUAUUGCUACUAAAUAGUUUAUUUUCUUUUCAGCAAUCAAAGUCAGUUUCAGUUAAAAUUUGGAUGAAUGAAAUACAGAUAUUGUCUCUGUUGUAUGUUUUUAUUUGUUGUAUGUUGAAAUACAAAUCUCUCAUUCAUCUUCACAAAUAAUCAUCAUUCUAUUUCAAUAUAUUUUUUUUCUAUAAUUAAUUUUUUAAGUUGAAUUGAUUAGUAUUUUACUUUUCUUAUUCUAACAUUUGUGGUUAGAACAAAGUAACUUUCACUGGGAUGAGAUGAUUUUGGUUCAAUGGGAGCGGUGAAACCUUUGGCUUCUUUCCUUUGAAUCCAAAUUCAAAUCCUACUAUUGUUCCUCUAUCCUGUUCUGCUGCAAAUAAACAUCACAACAUCCUUGUUUUCGAUCUUGGAAUUGCUGGUUCUACUAUCUUGUUCUGCUGCUGGAGGAUCAUCACAUACUUCAGAUUUGAAUUUAGUAAUAGAAAAUCCAUUGCUAAAAAGGAUUAAAAAAAUAUUGAAUUAUUUAAGUAAUCUGCAACGGAUUUUUCAUUGUUGACGCGGCAAAAUCAAAUCUGCUACUGAUUCAAAAAAUAAAUUAAACCCUUAAUUAUAUAAAAUCUCCCUUAGUUCUCUCCUUUUCUCCUUUUCUGCAUCUUCAAAAAUUCAAUUUUUUUUCUCCAUCUCUUUCUCUAGUCUAUUCCCCUUCUCCAAAUCCAAAAACUUUUGAUUUAUCCUUCUCUUUUAUUAUUUAAUUUUGAAUAAAUUUUUUUUAUUCCUUAUAAAGCUGAAGUUAAAAAACAAUUUUGGAGUGCAGGUAAUGCCCUUCCCAGCAAAAUUUAUGGUGUUUGGGAACUAACAAGUAACAUCUUAUUAGUUGUUCUUCAAACAUACUUUGAUAAAAAAAAAUUGAUACUAAAAGAAGAGAUAAUAGAUAAUUCAGGAUCUAUAAAAAAAUAUAAGAAUAUCUUUAUUUAUAAUUUUUUUUCUAGUUAUUAUAUCUUUUUAUUUUUUAAAUAAAAUUUAUAUAAAUAACUAAUAAGAUUAAACUAAUUAUCCAUGAACACCAUAAUUAUAUCUUCCCAAAGAUGUAAGCCUUAUAUCACGGAGGAAUGUACGAGGGAUUAAAAAAACUCUUUCCUUUGUCUUUUUAAUUCUUUUUUUUUUCAUUAGUUUAUUUAUUAAGGCGCUUAUUAGCUUGAAAGUUUUCCUCGCCUUGUCCAAUCUUCGCUAGAAGGGCUUGUUCUCAGAACGAGGAAUUUAAAAGAAGAAGUGGAUGACCGAAGAGGGGAAUUUAAAUAAGAGCUUUGGCUUUCCAUAUCUUAUACUAUUUCGUUUGAUUCCAGUUUUGCUUCAACUCUCAACAACACUCCCUUCUUUCGUUGCUCGACAUCAUUUAAAUGAACAUGGCUUAAUUACCUUUUUCAAGCAAUGAUGGAGUAGUAGUGCAGUUAAAGAACACACCCUAGCUGUUUGACAAAAUGCCGUUGAAGAUGAUAGUCAUUUUAGUGCUGCUGCUAGUAACAACCCCGGAGGUGGUGCUAACCAGAGAAAGCUAAAGCAGAGGAGGAUGGCCAAGAGGUUGCAAAGGGAAAGGAUGAAGCCUUUUGUUAGAGGUCUAGGUGCUGGUGCACUAACAAAAGCACAUUGCCUUGACGAAGCCGAAAAUAUUGGCUGCUCAAUACAAACAAGGGCCGAAAUCGGUAGGCAACGUGCGAGGACUUUCCCUGGCAUUGGGUGUAUCCUGGCAUGAAUGGUGGAUGGAUGAUGAAAUGCCCAGGACAUUGGGCUGUCCAAGCCGAGGCAGAAACACAGCAACAUUGGAUGCAUAGGUGCUUGUAGCUGGCCAGUUGGUUUGUGGGGGCUGACCCAAGUACAAGCAAAUCUUAGGGUGGACUGCCCAACGAGUGCGGGUUGCUUAAGAAAAGCAUGAGGGAUGAACUGCCUAAGAGAUGCAUGGGGUAGAGUGCCAAUGUGCUGCUGGAAUAUGUAACCUUGUAUAAAUAGGCUUGCUAAAGUCAGCUGUGUAGUAUGCAAGACAUAUUUUGCAUAACACACACAGAGAUGGUGUAUUCCUUUCUUAUAGAAUUAAUAAAAGGUCGGGAUACAUACAGAGAGAUCAUUUUGGUAAAAUUAUUAAGCAAAGCAAAUUCUCUCAUCAGAUAUGGGAUUUCGAAGGAAAAAUAGGGAUUCAAAUCUUUACGGACCAUUCGUAAACCAUUGAUCUGAGAGAGGGAUAUUUGGAUUUCGUGCUUGUUUCAUAAAUAAAUAAAUUAAAUUUUUUCUUGA